AUGGCAUCAAAGGAGAAAGGGGUUCUGGCACCCCCGAAAGAUGAAGCUACCAAUCCUCUUGUUCAACGGCAAGCCUCCAGCGACACAUGGAUGAUGCUCCUUGCCUUUCGUUUCACCAACGUUCUCUGUGUAGCAACAUUCUUUCAGCCAGAUGAAUAUUUCCAGUCCUUGGAGCCAGCAUGGCAAAUGGCGUUCGGGUCCCAAAGUGGAGCGUGGAUUACAUGGGAAUGGCAACAUCAACUCCGUUCCUCUUUGCAUCCUGUAUCUUUUGCAGCUGUGUAUUAUCUCGCAGACAAUUUUAUGAGGCUCGUGAGCUGUUUCCCUCAGUUCCGGGCCAUGAUCUUGUCUAUUCUUCCAAAUGUGGUUCAGGGAAUCUUCGCUGCUACAGGAGAUUAUUAUACGUGGCAAUUAGCAGAGAGAAUGUAUGGGAUAGGGAGCAAGUCUACUUUGGCAGUCCUCUUGAUGACCAUGUUCAGUCCGUGGCAAUGGUUCUGUUCUACAAGAACCUUUUCCAACUCUGUAGAGAUGACAUUGACGAUCAUGGCGCUGUAUUAUUGGCCUUGGAACAUUUCCUCGGACACCAUCUUAGGAGCAGGAAGUGACCCUUCUCUCAGAGACUCUGAGGGUCGCCCACUUCACGCCAAGCCAUCUGAGUCGGGGGCUUUCGCUACGCCUGGAUCUAUCAAGCGUCUUCGCAUCUCACUCAUGCUUGCAGCGACUGCUUGUAUCCUUCGCCCUAGUAAUGGACUCAUCUGGUUCUCCAUUCUCAUGCCAACUUUGACCCGCUACUUCUCAAAAGAUGGUGCAGCUGCUUCAGACUACAUCAUUCUCCUCAGAGAAGCUAUCAUCUGCGGUUCUACCGUCAUCGCUGUCUCUGCGGCGUCCGAUUUCUACUACUAUGGCGAAUUGACCUUCCCGCCUUACCAAUGGCUAAACUUCAACAUCAGCCAAGACCUCGCUGUCUUCUACGGCCGCAAUGACUGGCAUUACUACAUUUCCCAAGGACUACCGCUUCUCCUCACCACUUAUCUACCCUUCACCUUCGUCGCUCUCUCUCACUCGACUUCAUCCUCGACCUCCUCUAUUCCCUUCAUCCUCACCACCACAGUCCUGAUCACCAUAACCACACUGUCUCUAAUCUCCCACAAAGAAGUCCGCUUCAUCUACCCACUCCUCCCCCUCCUCCACAUCCUCACCGGACCCACUAUCUCCACCUUCUUCACCACCACAAGGACCAUCACAACACGCCCACCACCCUUCCCCUCCACCUCAAAAACUUCAGUGAUCUCCACCACAGGCCGCAAACCCCUCCUCUACACCCUCCUUUUCCUAAACACCCUCAUCGCCUUCUACACAACGCAAAUCCACCAACGAGGCCCCCUCUCCGUCACCAAAUUCCUGCGCCACGAAUACGAAGCGCUCGCUCUCGACAACCACGGCAAUCUUCUCUCCUCACCAGAAGCGAACAUGUACACCGAGGUCAACAAAACAACCGACUACUCUGACAGCGAAACUUUUGUCGGAUUCUUAAUGCCGUGUCACAGCACACCCUGGCGCUCACAGCUGGUGUACCCUGGGUUGAAAGCUUGGGCGCUGGGCUGUGAACCGCCACUACAUCUUGCUGCACAUUCUGUUGAGCGGGAGCAGUAUAAGGAUGAGGCGGAUAGGUUCUAUGAUGACCCAGUUAAGUUCUUGAAGGGGGAGGUAGGGAAGAGGGAGAGGCCGUGGCCGAGAUAUAUUGUGGGAUUUGAGGGGAUUGAGGGCGUGUUGAAAGAGUAUUAUGAAGGGGAGAUGAAGGGGCAUGUUGUGAAGGAGAGGUGGAGGGGGUUCAGUAGUCAGUGGCAUGAUGAUGAGAGGCGGAAAGGGGACAUCGUGGUCUGGGGCUUCGGGGACGGAAGUCAGGAGUGA